CGUUCAUAUCCGCGAACACCGUAAUGGCGGCCUAGAUUUCUGAGUAGGUUGGAAUUGUGUUGGAUUUGCUGGCGUUGGACCUCUUCCGUGCCGACCGGCCGCCGGAUUUGAGCCCAAACGUUCGUCAACAGUCAAGCACACCCUCAGGAAGACCAAAGGGAGCCGCCGCGGCCGAUUGUGAGACCGAAACGUCGGCAAAUCGCCGUCCCUUCAAAAUGGCUGCAGAGCGACGAUCCAACUUGGCUCCAUGCAGGUUCUUCUCCAACAACGGCUCAUGCCGUCAGGGCGACGACUGCCCGUACCCUCACGUGGCCAGACAGAGCCCCGUGGCGUGCCGAUUUUUUCUCGAGGGACGCUGCAUGUUCGGCCGACAGUGCAGAAAUAUACAUUCAAGUGGCCCAAGGAACGAGGACGAUGACGACGACGAUUCUCUGGGGGCAGCGUCGAUUGCCCGCCAGCAGCAAGUAGGCCGUCGAAAUCAGGAAAACAACCGUGGCCGCUUGGCCGCCUCGUCCAGUUCCUCUUCCAGCAGCAAUGCAGAUUCCAGACGCUUACCACUGACUGAAAACCACCGAAAGCUUAACUUCAAACCAAACAACCGAAAAGGUCGAGGUCAGGAAAACAAGGCUUCGGGCAGCUCCAUUUCGCCAACGCACUGGGCGGCGGCGCCAGAAUUUGUGCCAAAGGGUAAUCAACCUCCAAGAACUCCAGUGUCGUACGCUGACGCCCUCAACGUCAAGCGAACCAAGGCACCUGAAACUGCCGCUCUUUGCGUCAUCCAUGAAGACUGUCUUAUAUGCCCUGAUGGUCAAAACUGCAUAUACGUGCACGGAGAGUUCUGCGAGCUGUGCUGCAAAUUCAGCCUUCACCCAUUCAAUGAAGAACAGAGAAAAAAGCACAACUCGGAGUGCAUCAAACAGCACGAGAAAGACAUGGAGUUGUCUUUUGCUGUGGCUCGCUCCAAAGACAAGAUGUGCGGCAUUUGCUUUGAAACGAUCGUUGAGAAGACACCACGAGAGCAGCGCUUCGGCAUUUUGCCCAACUGCAACCACUGCUUCUGCCUUAGCUGCAUUCGUACCUGGAGACAAGCGAAGAAUUUCGAAAACAACAUUACCAGGGGGUGCCCCGAAUGCCGAACCGCGUCCGACUUUGUGUGCCCUAGUAUUUACUGGGUCGAGACCAAAGAAGAGAAGGACAAGCUCAUUGACGACUACAAACAUGCCAUGCGCUCCAAGGACUGCAAAUAUUUCAAGCGUGGCGAAGGCAAGUGUCCUUUUGGCAACAAAUGCUUCUACCAGCACAACCUUCCCAAUGGAACUCAUGUCGACGUUGGGCCUCCGCCUAGAGCUAGAAGGCGCAAUGGUGGAGACGGAGAGAUGGAUUUCAUGCAGCACAUAAUUCUGUGGGACUUCUUGGAGGAGCAAGACACACACUUCUUCUACCUUGAUGACUACGACUUGGAUGACUCGAUCAUGACCGACUCAGAGAUCUCUGACUCGGACUACGAGUACUUCUUCUAAGCGCCCCCGUCGCUUGUGAUUAUCGUUCCGUACAUGAGGAAAAUAUGUCUGUGAUUGUCCCAGCUGGCGGCCUCGCAAGGGGGCGGCCACCGACGUGUUUAAUUCUUUGCUGUUUGUGAUAGAGCCCUGAUCCGAGAAGAGGGCCACUCUCGAUUGCAACGAUUUCCACUUCCUUUUUCGCCUUGUUUGUAUAUUCUUACCAUAGUUUUUCUGCUGAAGAGACGGAAAACUAUGACGUGACCCCGUACAUUCUGCUUCAAUUCAACACGCACUGAGCCGGAACCAAGGGUCCGCCUGCUUAAAAAAAGUGACACGCUUGUGCACAUUCAAAAUCCAUGCAAUAAUUUUUGACAACUGCUCUGGCAUCCAGCUUGAAAGUCUACCUCACCCCUGUUGGCUCCAACAGUCAAAGCCAUCGGAAUCAAAAGUCAAAACAUGAAAGCUUGCCGGUUUUUACAAAUUAAAAAGAAGAAUGAUUGCUGGAUUGCUUGGAGUCAAACAUUUUGGCUCAGAAUGUGUCUGGAAAAUUUACGAAUCUCAGCGUGUUACCCUCACAAAUGAAUCUAGUGUGUAAAGGCGCAACAAAAAUGUUUGAACCUUGAAUCCGCUUAGAGGCCUUAUCGGUGUGUCCUUUGUUGCUGCUGAGCAGAUGAUUUGAUGUGAUUUGACGACGGGCUGGUAUGUUGCAUCCUCCUCAGCACCGUCUUUUAAAAACAGCGCGCUGCUUUUUGAUAAAUUUAAAUAUAAACCUAAAAAAGAUGAAACAUGCACACGGAUGAAAAAAAAACUAUACUGCCCACUAAUAGCUUUCCAUUUGGCGUGAGAUACAUAAAUUAUUAACCGAUAAAUAUGGAUUUUCUAGCGGCUAAAAAAUUUUGGAAAAUAAUACACAGUGAGUAGCAAGCAUUGAAAAUCCUUUGAUUUAUGUAAGUGUUCAAUAUAAGUGCCUCGACAUAAUGUUAUAAAAUUAAUUAUAUAUCUCACCCUUCUAUCGAGUAAUGAUUAUAUAACAAUACAUGAUAAUUAUUAUUAUACCUACUGAUAUAUAUUGCAGAUGAUAUUUAAAUGUAAGAGCCACCAAUCAGCCCCCAAUGGAAUAUUUACAACCCUGAUGGAAAGGAAGUAGUGGAAUUGGUACAACAAUUAUUAUUACUAAUAAUCUUCACUCUCUCGUUCCACUCGCGCGCAUACAUAUGAAUGUAUUACUGUAUUUAUAGACUGAUUAUACUUUGUCUGCAUAACCGAGCACACUUUGGCUCCCGUCUCUGUCUGGGAAGCACCCUUUCUUAAAUUAUUAUAUUCCAUUCAAAAGGCUCAAACACACUUCUCUGGCCUGCUUCGUUCAAAUUUUUGAGUCCGACGAGACAGACCGGUUUUUAAACAAAUACUUAAAAACACUCUCCUUGUGUCAUUCAAUUUUAAAUGUCAAAAGGUGCAUGAAUUUUUCAGUGGUGUCGUCAACAGAAUUAAUUAACUUACAAAAAUUGUUCGAUGUUACUUUUGACGUUCGCCACAAAAUCGAUUCUGUUUCUCUUGAUGUUUACAUACCCUGGGUGUGCUUGGAUUCAACUUUCCUACUCGAUAUGUUUUUUAAUGGAAUUCAUUAUUAGUGAAAUGCAUAAAUCAAUUAAUUAAUUAUAUGUCAAUAUUUCCCGAGAGUAAAAAAUAACAAGGAUUUUUUGAUGUGCUGUGCUUAUAUAGUGAAAGAAUCGGGAGAAUUUUGUUGCCCGAGAGAACGGGUUGAAACUUUGGGUGUCACUAUUAUUCAACAAAACCAUUUUUAGCAGUCCGCAAAUCACACGUAUCCAGAUAUAAUUAUAAAGGUUUUGCGAGUAAUUUUAAUUAAUCUUGCGCUUUUUGCAUUGAGAAGAGAAAUCCAAAUCUUUAAUUGCAGGAGUACUUUUAACUGAUGAAUCCUAACCAAUCUAAAAGUAUAAUUCAACCUCUAAAAGUAAUUUACAAGCUAAAGUGGUUUAAUCAUCUAAAGUUAAAUGGAGUCUUUAUACAUAAUCAUUGGGCCUUGUGGUCUCGUCUGCGGAGACCAUCAGUGAGGCCCAAUCCUCUCAAUAAUAAUUAUACGGUUAUCAAUGGAGCUGUACCGGAUUUUGCUUAUAAUGUGCAGUACACACUCUCAGACUUAAUGGAAUAUGAUUAUAUUUCAAGCAUAAAAUUAUGUACUAUAAUUAUAUAAUGCCAUAUUAUGGUUUUUGAUUUCAUUAAAAAUACUACUAUGUAGGAAAAAAA